AUUGAUACCAGGACACAAUCACACAAAUUCGAGUAACAUUUAACUCUUCACGUAAACCCGAACAGGGCUAAAAGCUAAAAAUCCCCCAAACACACGAUUCAGCAGAAGAAUGCUGAUGUAUAGGAGGGGGCAGGCGUUAUUUUCAAGCUCAAUCUCACAUGGCUGUCUCUUGAAAUCACCCCUAAUUCUCCGCAGUUACUCUACCAUUUCAUCUAUUCUCAGUUCAAAUGAUGAACCUCCAAAACCCCAUUCAGCUGUUGUUGAUUUCUUGAUGGAUUCAGUUGGUUUCACAAGAGAAGCAGCCAUCGCCGCUUCGAAUAAGGUACCAUCUCUCAAACCCACUAAGAACCCUCAAUUAGUCAUCAGUAUCUUGAAACAAUAUGGUUUAGACAAUACCCAUAUCAAACAUGUCAUUUCUUGCGCCCCCAAAAUCCUAAAAUGUUGGCCCAACAAAAACCUAGAACCCAAGUUUAGGUUUUUUCGGGAUAAUGGAUUUUCCGGGUCGGAUUUAGUUGACUUAAUAAAAAGGAACCCACGUCUUCUUGGCGUUGGGCUAGAAACACAAAUUAUUCCGGUUAUUGGUAUUAUUAGAAGAUUAGUUGGUACUAAUGAAGAAGCCAUGGAUGCUAUCAAGAAGUCAAAAAGUUUGUUUUCAAUUACAUCACCAGCUUACUUGAAAAACAUGUCAUCCAAUGUCGCGGAAUUGCAGAUUCGAGGUUUAUCGAAUAAGCAAGUUUUAUAUUUGAUUACUACAAGACCAAGGUGUGUUGCUGUAAAUCCAGCCUCUUUUAAUUCUCAAUUAGUUUGGAUUGUUGAAGAAUUAGGAAUUCCUGAAAAUUCUCCAAUGUUCACCUAUGCGAUUGCUGCAACUGUUGCAUCUAGUAAAUUGACUUUAGAAAAAAAACUCAAAAUCCUUAGGAGCUAUAAAUGGCGUGAAGAAGAAAUAGCUACAUUUGUGAGGACUUACCCUACGUAUUUUUGCUGCUCGGAAGCUAAAAUCCGUGAAGGGUUGAACUUUUUCAUGAAAGACCUUGGGUUUGCAGCAACUUACUUGGUUACUAAUAAUUUCCUAUUGGGUUUGAGUUUGGAGAAAAGGGUGAAACCAAGAUUUAAGGUAUUGGAAAUUCUGAAAGACAAGAAGCUAAUCCGUAGCAAACCUAGUCUUGCUUCGCUUCUCGUAUAUUCAGAACUGAAAUUUCUAAACUUUUUGCAACGGUUUGAGAAUGAGUUGCCUGGUUUGAUUGAAACCUACACCAAUAGCAUCGGUAAAAUGCACAGUGAAAAGGGUAUGGCUCGACAAGUUAUCUGAUUUGGGUAGAUAGGUGAGCAGCACGUUCUAUUCUAGAAAGUUUAUGUAGAAAAAGAUAUAAGGUUUUCUCUUUUCAGAUGAUGAAACACUUUCAUUUAGAUGAAGAAUAUUGUGUUUCCGUUUGCUAGAUUGGUGAGCAGCACGUUCUAUUCUAGAAAGUAGUUUGCAACUUGGGGAAACUAUUGUUGGCACACUAACCUAAUGAAUUUUCUAAGUUAUAUAGCUAUGUAGUUACCCCAACUCCUCCUUUUAAAUGUCUUUUGAUGUUAAAUUUGCUGUAGAUGUUAUAAUUGAAUAUGCUAAUUAGUGCUACUUUCUAUGUUUUGUGCUCCUUUAUAUGGACACAUAUUUAGGACACUUCAGAUGGUUUGGUCAAUAGUUGACACACUUAUAGUGUCAAUUGGUAUCGCAAAAAGGCAUCAUAUAUUGUGAAUGCAGUAUGCUGCAUUUUUUAAGAAAACUUGUAUCCAUUUUAACAAAUUAUGUUAAUUCUAAUCAAACCAUGCAGUGUUUAGUAGUUUAA